AUGACAAGUGUUCAGUUUCAUUGGAGAGUUUUAAGUUUACUGAUUUCAGUUUCCUAUUUGCUGACUUGCUUGGGAAACAAUGACAUUCCUGUUCAGUUGAAUGAUGAUGUUCUUGGUCUGAUUGUGUUUAAAUCAGACCUUCAUGACCCUUCUUAUCUUGCUUCGUGGAAUGAAGAUGAUGUCAACCCAUGUUCAUGGCAGUUUGUGCAAUGCAAUCCUGAGAGUGGAAGAGUCACAGAGGUCUCAUUGGAUGGCUUAGGAUUAUCUGGGAAGAUUGGAAGAGGUCUUGAGAAGUUGCAGCAUCUAACGGUAUUGUCUCUUUCUCACAACAACUUGAGUGGGAGUAUUAGUCCAUCACUUACUCUUUCCAAUAGUCUUGAAAGGUUGAACCUUAGUCACAAUGGUCUUUCUGGUCCCAUACCUACUUCUUUUGUAAAUUUGAGUUCAAUAAGAUUUCUUGAUCUUUCAGAGAAUUCAUUCUCAGGACCAAUCCCUGACAACUUGUUUGAGAGAUGGUUUUCGCUUCAUCACCUUUCUCUAGCUUGGAACAUGUUUGAAGGACAAAUUCCGGGGUCAUUGUCUAGAUGUUCCUCUUUGAAUAGCCUUAAUCUUUCCAAUAAUCGUUUCAGUGGUAAUGUGGACUUCACUGGGAUUUGGUCACUGAGCAGGCUUAGGACUUUGGAUCUAUCCAACAAUGCCUUAUCUGGCACUCUACCUAGUGGAAUUUCAUCCAUACAUAACUUGAAAGAGAUUUUAUUACAAGGUAACCAGUUUUCAGGUCCAUUACCUACUGAUAUUGGGCUCUGCCUGCAUCUGAGUAGGUUUGAUUUCAGUGAUAAUCAGCUCAGUGGAGAACUACCAGAGUCACUUGGGAGGCUGAAUUCUUUGAGCUAUUUCAAGGCAUCAAAUAAUCUUUUCACGAAUGAGUUUCCUCAGUGGAUUGGUAACAUGACCAGUCUUGAACAACUAGAGCUCUCAAACAAUCAGUUCACUGGAAGCAUCCCGCACUCAAUAGGGGAAUUGAGAUCACUAUCUUAUUUUAGCAUUUCAAAUAACAAGCUUGUUGGAAAUAUUCCAUCAUCAUUGGGUUCCUGCACAAAGUUAUCUGUGAUCAGGCUCAGAGGUAAUGGUUUCAAUGGAACCAUUCCCGAGGGCUUGUUUGGCCAAGGAUUGGAGGAAAUAGACUUAUCCCAUAAUGGUCUGAUGGGUACAAUUCCUGCAGCCUCAAGCAGACUCUUGGAAACACUCACCAAUUUGGAUCUUUCAGAUAACCAUCUCCAAGGGAAUAUCCCUGCAGAAAUGGGUCUUCUUUCAAAACUAAGAUAUUUGAACCUGUCUUGGAAUGAUCUUCAUUCGCAGAUGCCUCCAGAAUUUGGUCUCCUUCAGAACCUAACAGUUUUGGAUCUUCGUUACAGUGCCUUGUAUGGUUCAGUUCCAGCAGAUAUAUGUGAUUCAGGCAAUUUAGCUGUCCUUCAACUGGAUGGAAAUUCACUGAAGGGAUCUAUUCCAGAUGAGAUUGGGAAUUGCACAUCUCUUUACUUGCUGAGUUUGUCUCACAAUAAUUUGACUGGUUCAAUUCCAAAGUCCAUGUCAAAGUUAAACAAACUCAAAAUUCUCAAACUGGAACUCAAUGAGUUAAUUGGAGAGAUACCAAUGGAGCUUGGAAUGCUUCAAAGUCUUCUUGCUGUGAACAUAUCAUAUAACAGGCUCACGGGCAGGCUUCCUGCAGGUAGCAUAUUUCAGAACUUGGACAAAAGUUCCUUGGAAGGAAAUCUUGGUCUUUGCUCACCCUUGUUGAAUGGUCCAUGUAAGAUGAAUGUCCCCAAGCCACUAGUGCUAGACCCAAAUGCCUAUAACAACCAAAUAGGUCCCCAAAGACAAAGAAAUGAAUCAUCUGUGCCUGGCCAAAUUCAUCGCCACAGGUUCCUUAGUGUAUCUGCUAUUGUAGCAAUAUCUGCAUCCUUUGUCAUUGUAUUAGGAGUAAUUGCUGUUAGCUUGCUUAAUGUUUCUGUAAGGAGAAAGCUAUCAUUUGUGGAUAAUGCUUUGGAAAGCAUGUGCUCAAGCUCUUCAAGAUCUGGAAGCCCAGCCACAGGAAAGCUUGUUCUGUUGGAUUCACAGUCCUCAUCUGAUUGGAUCAGCAAUCCUGAGUCCUUGCUCAACAAGGCAUCUGAGAUUGGGGAAGGAGUCUUUGGAACUGUAUAUAAGGUACCAUUGGGAUCACAAGGUAGAGUGGUGGCAAUCAAAAAGCUUAUUACCUCGAACAUAAUCCAAUAUCCAGAAGACUUCGAUAGGGAAGUCAGAAUCCUAGGAAAAGCAAGGCACCCAAAUCUAAUAGCAUUGAAAGGAUACUAUUGGACUCCUCAAUUACAGCUUUUAGUAACUGAGUAUGCACCAAAUGGUAGCCUGCAAACCAAGCUACAUGAAAGACUUCCUUCUAGUCCUCCACUUUCUUGGGCUAUUAGAUUUAAAAUUUUGCUUGGAACAGCAAAGGGUCUUGCCCACUUGCACCAUUCUUUCCGUCCUCCAAUCAUUCAUUACAACAUAAAGCCAAGUAACAUUUUGCUUGAUGAAAAUUGCAACCCGAAAAUCUCAGAUUUUGGGUUAGCUCGGCUUCUGACAAAGCUAGACAGGCAUGUUAUGAGCAACAGGUUUCAGAGUGCAUUAGGAUAUGUAGCACCAGAAUUAGCAUGCCAAAGCUUAAGGGUCAAUGAGAAAUGUGAUGUGUACGGUUUUGGAGUGAUGAUCCUUGAGCUGGUGACAGGUAGAAGGCCAGUGGAGUAUGGAGAAGACAAUGUGCUGAUACUGAAUGACCAUGUAAGGGUGUUGCUUGAGCAAGGGAAUGUGUUGGAUUGUGUGGAUCAAAGCAUGAGUGAGUACCCUGAGGAUGAAGUGUUGCCAGUUCUGAAGCUAGCAAUGGUAUGCACUUCUCAAAUACCUUCUAGCAGACCUACUAUGGCUGAAGUGGUGCAAAUACUGCAAGUCAUUAAAACUCCAGUUCCUCAAAGGAUGGAAGUGUUUUGAUGAUGAG